AUGGAUGAGAAGUUAAAAGCAAGCUUAACGAAGUAUUUCGGAGAAACAACAGCAAAAGUAACCAAAGAAACAACCGAAGAUGAAAUCAAACGUAUCUAUGCUGCACGGUCAGCAACAUAUGACGAGGUAUUCUAAAAUAGUAAAAUAAUAAUAAUAAGGGUUUGGGGCACGAUGUGGCACAUUGCCGUUUGACCCACCGGACACCUGAUCCAUCAUUCAGGGUUGCGUUUCUCGAAUGUUCCAGUACUACCGGAACAUUCGAGCCCGAUGCAACAUUCCUAGAUCUUAAUUGAGGGAAUAAUAGUGCAGUCUUAGUCUAGGUAAUCAUAUGAUUUUGAGUGCUAUUUGGAAUAAAUGAGCACGAGUAAAUGUUUUGAAAGACUAAAAUAAUUUCACGAGCUCGAAGGGCGAAUGCAAUUUGUGGUCUUUGAAAAAGUUUGAACGUGCUUAUUUCUUCCAAAUUGCACAAGAAAAAGCAUGUGAGUACCUAUUAAUAAUAUAUAUGAAAAAAUACGUGAUAGCUUAUCAUAAUUAUGCAGAAGCAAAGCGUGCGCAUCAAGUGCAAAAAUUAUUUUUUCACUGCAAGUGACAUUGUGCGUUCGGUCAAAAAAACCGCGAACGAUAAAAACAAUAAUAUACAACGAUAUUUUCACAUCUUUAAGGCGCAAAAAAGUUCAAAAUCCGGAUGAACAGUUGAAGGAAUUGUUCGGUCUGGUUUGCUACUUCUUUGCACUGAAUUAACCCUCUUCUGCAUUGAAUCACCUAACAACUUCAUUCAUCUUAACCAAUCAGAACUGAGUAAUAUUUUCAUGUAUCAUAUUAGCUCAAAAACUAGUUUAUUUUACCUUAUUCCCCGAUAUUUUCUUUGUUUAAGUUCAAAAUUUUGAAGGAAAAAUCUCGAUCUUUCGGGUCCGUAAAGUUACCGGAGCUCUCGAGGAAAAGAGGCCCAAGGUGACACCAGACUAGUGUCGUAUUUAUCGAACACCAAAUCAUAAUAAUCAGCUUGAACUUUCUCAUCAUAUAGGAACAUUCAGCGGCUCGCGCUUUAUAUAUCAAGCCACUGACCGAAUCUUUGCAUAACGCCCUUAAAGAAGUUUACCAGGACAAGGCAAAAGAUCAGAUCAAAAUCAUUGACGCCGGAGCUGGAACGGGACUUAUAGGAGUUGAGCUCAAGAAACUCGGAUACACCAACCUGUGCGCUUUGGACAUCUCGGCUGAGAUGUUAAAGGAAGCAAAGAAGAAAGAGGUCUAUACUGAGUUCAUCUGCACGUCUUUGAACGGGCAGCCGAUACCUCAGAUUAAAUCUGGGCAAUUCGAUGCUUUGAUUUGUGGUGGGGCGCUCAGUACAGGGCGUAUCGGCUCAUCUGCUUUCGUGGAGAUGAUAAGAAUGGUUCAAACUGGUGGGUCUUUCGUAGGAGUUUACCGAGGCACAGAUAUAAUUGAC